CAGGGCUGAAGGCUGAGAGAAGAAGCGGCUGCCAGAGAGGAGCCAUGGACACUGUCUCUGAACCGGACCCUGGACUCACUAUGGAACCUGAGGACAAGUCUUUGGACCCGAGGAACACCAGCCACAGAAUUGCUCUAAAGUUCUGCAACAUUGUCUUGCUGAUAUUCGGACUGCUGAGUAUUCUCCUAAUCUCCCUGCAGUUCAGUUCAGUGAUGCCCACGGAAGAGGAGGAGGAGGCCCCCAGCAUCACAGAGUUCCACUCCUCUACAGACGUGUUGCCCGUGGGCCAAACGGCCCGCUACACCUGCCACGCCGGCGGCACGCCGGAGCCCACAGUAGAGUGGCUCCACAACGGCAGGCCCAUGGAGAGGAAUGGCACAGACGACCAAUCAGAGGCUUGGGUGGAGAGGGGGUUCCUCUUUGUCAGAGGGGUGAGGUAUGGCGUGAACACGGUCUGCUGCAUGGCGAGCAACAGCGCUGGCACGGCCAAUCACACCGCUGAGCUGCUUGUCUUUGAUGCCUGUGAACUCACACUGGACCCCAACACGGCCCACAGACGUCUCUCUCUGUCUGAGGACAACAGGAAGGUGACGCGGGUUAGAGAGGACCAGUCGUAUCCGGAUCACCCAGAGAGAUUUGACUCCUGGCGGCAGGUGUUGGGUAGAGAGGCUCUGACUGGUCACUGUUACUGGGAGGUAGAGUGGGAAGGAGUUGGUCAUAUAGGAGUGACAUACAGAGGAAUCACAAGGAGAGGAGGGGGUGGUGACAGCGAGCUUGGAGGGAACAACAAGUCCUGGAGUCUUUAUUAUUCUAAUGGUGGUUACUCUGCCUGGUACAACGGUACAGAGACAGACCUCCCUCUCCCCCCCGCUGGCUCCACCAGAGUAGGAGUGUAUCUGGACCGGCCUGCUGGCUCUCUGUCCUUCUACAGAGUGUCCCCAGGUGGAGGUGGGUCCUCAGACACACUGACACACCUCCACACCUUCUGGUCCUCCUUCACCCAGGAGGACCUCCUCCCUGGGGUCUGGGUAGGGUGGGGGUCCUCAGCGUCUUUCUCGGUUGUAGAAAAAAAUUAAUGGCGCGGGGAGCAGAACACACUUACACAAAAACACACACACACACACACACACACAAGCACACACAUACACACGCAUGGAGAGGACUGGGCCCCGUUUCCCGAUAACGAUGGAUCUUCGCUCGUACGAUCAUUCUCCCGAUGGAUCUUUCGAACCAUCGUUAAUUUCUUUGGAGCGUUUCCCGAAACUCCUCUUAACGUGAACGCGCAUUCGCUGCACUCAAGACGAACGUAGGAUUGUACCUGUCCACUGACACGGUGCUGAAACGGGAUAUGACGCAGGGGGAGAUGCAGGAAAUGGGGUUAAAAAGGGUUAAAAUAUCUCCCCAUCAGGGCCAACUGCAGAGUAGCCUACGAAAAGAAUAGAUUGCAAUUAUAUGAAUGCUAAAGAUAUUAAAACACAAUUGAUUAAGCCUAGACCGACAUAUAUAUCAGUCCUAAUCCUGAACGCACUGUGCAUACAUUUAUUCACGGCAUUUCCCCCCCUGAAUUAAUUCCAUAUUACAAAAAUCCAAAAUAGCUUAUGUGACAACUACAUUUAUCUUAAUGUGCUGAUUUUUUAAACAUAUAUUUUGCGCAGCGAGAGAGCCGACUUUAUCUGAUUCCGCAUAAGGUUGCAUUGAUUGGCUCUCUAGUAGGCUAUAGAAUAUUUGUAGACAUUAAAAAUGCAACGUUCCAUUCAUACAUUAUCAUUCAAACGCGGCUAUUGCUGACCCGAUUAGGAGAGCUUGGAUCCUGCCCAUAUUGUUGGGCAGGAUGUAGUUGGCUAUAGGCAGGGUUCGAGUUAUGAUUCCACCUCUGUGGGGGUCUCUUAAAGUUGUUGACGGUGGGGGGAGACCGU